AUGUCCCAGCGCGUUCAACAACGCCGGCUGCUCGCUGAAAUCGCCUGCGUCUUCAUUCUAGGAUGUGUGGGUGUGGUGCAAGGCGUGACACUGGAGGUGAAAGAGGGAAACUCCACCUGUAUCAAAGCCGAGCUCUCAGCCCUUUUCUCUGUUGUGUACAACGUAGCCAAUGGCACGCGGACAGCCUUUGUGCCCCUCCCAGACACAACCACAGUGGGUAGCAGGAGCUCCUGUAGUGGGGGCAGUGGUGCUGCCUGGCUAGUGGCCAGCUUUGGGUGGGGUCACUCGCUGAGCUUCACCUUCUCCAGGGACAACAGCCUGUACAGAGUGGACAGUCUGACCCUACAGUACAACCUGAGUGACAGCGCCACCUACCCUGGGUCCUCCAGUACAGGCCUCGUUACCAUGUCGACAGCCUCCACAGGGAUUCUCGCUGGGAUCAACACCACCUACAGGUGUGAGACUGCGUCACCUGUGAGGCUGGGUGGAGUCACUGUCAUCUUCUCCGACAUGAGAAUGGAGGCGUACAUGCCAGGACGUGACCUCAGCACCAACGAAACCAUCUGCACGGCUGAUUACAUCAACAACGCGGCUGCCCUCAAAAUGAGCAUAACAGUCCCUCCCCCCACGCCCCCAGCCAAACCUGAAAGGGGAAACUACACCAUCGCCUACGGCAAUGGUACCAACUGUCUGCUGGCCCGAAUGGGCCUCCAGCUCAACCUCACCUACACCUCCACAUCUCUGAACAAGACUGUCCAGCAGCUUGUGAACCUGCAGCCCAGACAAACGAAGAACACAGGAUUGUGUGAGGAAAAUAGUGCCACCUUGUGGCUGUUAGAGAAACGCACCAACCUCAGCUUCUCCUUCACGUUGAACUCCACAUCCAGUAAAUACUAUCUGAGUGGAAUCGCUGUGUCAGCAACCUGGCCAGAUAUGAAAGAGCCCUUCUCUGGCAGUAACAGGAGUCUGGAGUACCUGCAGGGGGCGCUGGGGCACUCCUACAUGUGCAGUGCAGAGCAGACCCUCUCUGUGGUGCCUGGCUUCUCUCUCAACACCUUCCAGGUGCAGCUGCAGCCCUUCGGAGUCAACGGAGACCAGUUUGGCUCAGCGGAGGAGUGCCAGCUGGAUGAAGAUCACAUGCUGAUUCCCAUCAUCGUGGGGGCCACCAUGGCUGGCCUGGCACUCAUCGUCCUCAUCGUUUACCUCGUCGGCAGGAAGAGCAGUCACACUGGCUACGAGACCAUCUGACCACUUCCUGUCACGUGACCCCAGCACAGACUCCUGCAGUCCUCAGACCCUUUCCAGCUCACCUUGU